AUGCUUCUCUACAUAUUUAUAGUCCAACUGUUAAUUCUUUCAUUGAAUGCUUCAAUAAAUGAACAACGUUUUCCAACAUUGUGGUUUGAAGCUCCUUCUUCAAUUUCUGAUUAUCCACUGGUAAAUAAUUGUUCAUCAUCGUCGAUAAUGAACAAUACUUCAUGUCGAUUAAUUGAUCCUUGGUUAUAUUUGGAUAGACUUGGUUUGUAUAAGAUUUUAAUUCAAUCAACAACACAUUUAAUGAAAACAUGUUCAACAUCAGCAUUAUUCGAUGGAUGUAAUAUUUUAGUUGGUCUUGCUGCACAAUUAGGAUGGCAAUUUGAUUCCAACAGAUUAUUUUCAAAUGGAACUCGAGAGAUAUCAAUUAAUAGUUGGUGGGGAUCAUAUAAUUAUUAUUUAUCAGUUAUUCCUUUUCUUGCUGCUGUUGAUAAAGGAAUUAUUCAUGGAGACUUAUUUCAAAUCGUUAAACGUGAUAAUUUUUGUUCGAAUUCUAGUGAAUGUUUUAAUCAAGUCGAAGGACCCAUGAUUGAAUGGAGUCUUUUCUUUGAUCGUCUUUUACAUCCUGGCAAUUGCAGUUUUACUGAUUUAAAUUAUAUGCAUGAUCGUUGUUAUUUAGGCCCAAUGUGGAGAGCUCAUACGAAUUCAACUAUAAAUGCUCUUCCAAUUAUUGAAUCUAAACUCUCUGUAUUACCAUCAAAAAACGAACAACAAUUCGGUUUAGGUUGGGUUAAUGUUCUUGUUUUAAUUGGAAUGGCACGAAGAAAUACAAAUUUAGUAGAUAUGAAUAAUUGUCAAGACCUAUAUCUUCCUAAACGAAUUUUAAGAGACAAUGAUAGACCACCACGUAUUACAGAUUUACCUGAAACAGUUAAUUUAGCUUUGCAGCUUUUGCUUUCAAUUACAAUUGAUUCGUAUCCUGAACUGGUAGACGAUUGGGUUGAAGCAACAUGUAGUUAUAAAGCACGGAAAGAUGCACGAGUUGCAAUAUAUAUAGUACCAGUGAACAAAAUAGUUGCAGCAGCAUUUGUUGUAUCGGCUGAAGCUGAAAUACUUAUAUAUGGUUGCGACGACGAAUGA